AUGUUCCGCCUCGCCUGGGAGAUGGCGAGCUUCAAGAUCGGCCUCGGGGUCUUCACCGUGUUCGUGGGCGCGGCGAUCAUCUGGCCGGAGCUCUCGCCUUUCGAUCCCAUGAAGAUCAGCGUGCGCGAGCGCUUCCUGCCGCCCGUCUUCCUGGAAGGCGGCUCCUGGGUCCAUCUCGCCGGCACCGACCAGCUCGGCCGCGACCUCUUCGUGCGCUCGUUGAUGGGGCUGCGCAAUGGGCUCGGCAUCGCCGCGGCGGCGGUCGCGAUCAUGUUCGUCGUCGGCUGCACGCUCGGCGUGAUCUCGGGCUACUGGGGCCGCUGGGUCGACGUCAUCCUGAUGCGCAUCACCGACGCCCAGCUCUCGAUCCCGGUGAUCGUGCUGGCGAUCACGAUCCUGAGCGUGAGCCGGCCCAACCCCUUCACGGUGGCCGCCGUGCUGGUACUGGCGGGGUGGCCUGUCUACGCCCGCGUGGUGCGAAGUAUCGCGCUCGCCGAGCGCGAGCGCGAAUAUGUAAGGGGGGCGAAGAUCCUGGGAGCGAGCGACCUCAGGAUCGUCGCACUGUUGAUCUCGCCCAACAUCUUGCCGCCCAUCGCCUUCGUCGCGGUGCUCGACAUCGCGCGCAUGAUGAUCUUCGAGGCGCUGUUCGGCUUCCUCGGCAUCGGCAUCCAGCCGCCGACGCCCACCUUCGGCAACAUCAUCGCCGACGGCUACAAGUAUCUGGGCAUCUCGGUCGAUCUCGUCCGCCGCGGCGUGAGCGAGCCGAUCCUGCGGGACGUGAGCUUCGAGCUGCGCGAGCGCCAAGUGCUCGGCAUCAUCGGCGAGAGCGGCUCGGGCAAGACCGUGUUGAGCCACGUGCUCUGCAACGCGAUCACGGAGCCGCUCAAGAUCACCGCCGGCAGCGUCGGCUAUCACGGGCGGGACCUGCUCACCAUCCCCGCCGCCGAGAUGCAGAAGUUGCGCGGCAGCGAGAUCGGCUAUAUCGGCUCCGACCCCGGUAACGCGCUGGACCCGACAAUCCCCGUUGGCCGUCAGAUCGUGGAGAAGCUGCGCGCGGUCCAGCCCGAAAUGUCCAAGAAGGAUGCUCGGAAACGCGCCUUGGAGGUGCUGAGCGCGGUCCGCAUGCCGAGGCCCGAGCACCGCUUCGACGAGUUCCCGUUCCAGUAUUCCGGCGGCAUGAUGCAGCGGGCGCUGAUCGUCGACGCGCUGGUCAGCAAUCCCGCCUUUCUCAUCGCGGACAACGUCACCCAGCAGCUCGACGUCACCAUCGCAGCCCAGAUCAUCCGCCUGAUGCACGAUCUUCGCGACCAGCUGGACACGGCGAUCAUCUUCAUCUCAUCGUCGCUCGCCAUGGUGCGCGAGAUCGCGGACGAAAUCAUCGUCCUGCAGGAAGGCCGGAUCAUCGAACGCUCGACGCCGGAGGCCAUCGUCAACCGGCCCGAGCACGACUACUCCAAGCGGUUGCUGGAGCGUAUCCCGCGCAUCUGGGCGGUGGAGGAGCGCGCGCAGCCCGCGACGGAAGACGAGAGCCCGCUCCUCGCGGUGGACGACGUCUACAAGACCUACCGCGUCAACGACCCGAGCAAGUUCUUCGGCCACAACGAUGUCGAGGCGGUGCGCGGCGUCACCUUCGACGUGAAGGCGGGGGAGAACUUCGGCAUCGUGGGCGAGUCCGGCUGCGGCAAGUCUACGCUCUCGCGUCUCUUGAGCUGGAUCGAGGCCCCCGACAAGGGCUCGAUCUUCUUCGAGGGCGACAGCAUCGCCAAGAUGAACCGCCGUCGGUUGCUCGGGCUCCGGCACCGCUUCCAGCUCCUGCUUCAGGACCCUUACAACGCCAUGCCGCCGCACAUGCCGGUCGGCCGCACCAUUCUGGAGCCCCUGCUCAUCCACGGCGGCAUGGGGCGCCGCGCGAUGCGGGACCGUGUGCGCGAGGUGAUGAGCGAGGUCGGCCUGCCGGCCGAUAUCUACGAUCAUCUGCAGAUCGGGCUGAGCGCCGGCCAGCGUCAGCGCAUCAAUCUCGCCCGCGCGCUGGUACUGGAGCCUCGCCUGCUGAUCCUGGACGAGACGCUGUCUGCGCUCGAUCAGGUGGAGCAGUCGCGGCUCCUGGAGAUUUUCGACAAGCUGCAGGCCGAGCACGGCUUCACCUACAUCUUCAUCUCCCACGAUCUCGCCAUGGUGCGCCGCGCCUGCACCCGCAUCGCCGUGAUGUAUCUCGGCAAGAUCGUCGAGCUCGCGGACAACCACACGGUCUUCUUCGACCCCGGCCAUCCCUACACCAAGGCGCUCUUGAGCGCGGUGCCCACCAUCGAGGAGCGCCGCUACGACGCCGAGGAAAACCUGCUGGAGGGUGAGCCGCCGAGUCCCAUCGGCAUUCCGCCCGGAUGCAGCUUCAAUUCGCGCUGCCCGCUCGCGUUCGAGCGCUGCACGCAUGAAGAGCCGGCCCUUGAGGGCCGGGGCGACGGCCGCAUCAGCGCCUGUUACUGGGCCAAUGCGAGCGAGGACGAGCUCGCCGCCGCCGCCGAGGCCAACCGCGCCCGCCGCGCCGCCCUGGAGGCUCAGGUCUCUUAG